AGACGUGAAGGCCGUCCGCACGCCUCCUCCCGAUCCGGGUCGGUGCUCGCCCUCGCUCUCCUCUCCGCGUCCCCAUGGAGAAGACGGAGCUGAUCCAGAAGGCGAAGCUGGCCGAACAGGCCGAGCGCUACGACGACAUGGCCACCUGCAUGAAGGCCGUGACCGAGCAGGGCGCCGAGCUGUCCAACGAGGAGCGCAACCUGCUCUCGGUGGCCUACAAGAACGUGGUCGGCGGCCGCAGGUCCGCCUGGAGGGUCAUCUCGAGCAUCGAGCAGAAAACCGACACCUCGGACAAGAAGUUGCAGCUGAUUAAGGACUAUCGGGAGAAAGUGGAGUCCGAGCUGAGGUCCAUCUGCACGACGGUGCUGGAAUUGUUGGAUAAGUAUUUAAUAGCCAAUGCAACUAAUCCAGAGAGUAAGGUCUUCUAUCUGAAAAUGAAGGGAGAUUACUUCCGGUACCUUGCUGAAGUUGUAUGUGGUGAUGAUCGAAAGCAAACUAUAGAUAAUUCCCAAGGAGCUUACCAAGAAGCUUUCGAUAUAAGCAAGAAAGAGAUGCAGCCCACGCACCCAAUCCGCCUGGGGCUGGCUCUUAACUUUUCUGUAUUUUACUAUGAGAUCCUUAAUAACCCAGAGCUUGCCUGCACACUGGCUAAAACGGCUUUUGAUGAGGCCAUCGCAGAACUUGACACACUGAAUGAAGAUUCCUACAAAGACAGCACCCUCAUCAUGCAGUUGCUUAGAGACAACCUAACAUUAUGGACAUCAGACAGUGCAGGAGAAGAAUGUGAUGCGGCAGAAGGGGCAGAAAACUAAAUGCAUACAGGGUGGUCAUCCUUCUUCCCCUCAAGAAACCUUUUUACUCAUCUCCAUUCCUUAUUCCAUUUGGAUUUCCUAUAGCAAAGAACCCACUCAUGUGUAUGGAAUCAACUGUUUAUAGUCUUUUCACACUGCAGCUUUGGGAAAAACUCCAUUCCUUGAUUUUGUGUUUGUCUUGGCCUUCCUGGUGUGCAGUUACUGCUGUAGAAAAGUAUUAAUAGCUUCAUUUCAUAUAAACACAAGUAACUUCCAAACACUUCUGUAGAGGACUAAAAAUGUAUCUGGUAUUGAAGUAAUCUGAACCAGUUCUGCAAGUGACUGUGUUUUGUAUUACUGUGAAGAUAUGAAAAUGUAGUCAUUACAAUUUUCAAAGUGUU